AUAAACAGUAUGAAAAAUCUUUGCGAUCCGAGUACAACGAACUUAAAUAUUUCUUAUACCUAACGGUUAUACGAGUACAAACGUCACUUUUCUAAAAUAACACCUUCUAAAGGUGGCGGUGUUAGUGCAAAGAAAAUUAAGAAUAAUAAGAAAAAAAUAAAUAAUAAAUAUGAAUAUUUAUUUUGUGAUUGCAUUCUUAACAGCGUGUUACAUCGGAGAAUCUUUAACUUUAGCAUCUGGUCUAAAUGAAAACGGUAUAAAUAGUGCUGGAGCAGCAGCUACAGUAGUGUCAGCUGCAACAGCAGCUAUAUUGGCAACAGAUAAACAAGAUGUUAGUGAUCUCAAUGACGACAGAGUACAUGUUUCGCUGUCGGGCAAGUUAAAUUCUGUAUCGUUAAAUAAUAGCAACACAUUUAAUGUUUUAUCAGAUUUAAAUGUUACAAAAUUUUCGGAUGACACUUGUCCCUCUAUGGAUGAUGCUGACGAAUUGACACAAACUCAAUUAAUAAAUCGUUUGACUGCACCUUGUCGUUAUGAUCGAUUAGAGCGUCCUCCUGUUGUUGUUAACGGCACUUCAUCUGAAACACCCGUCAAUGUUUAUGUGCGUGUGUAUAUAUACGUUCUUAAAAAUUUAGAUUCCAGCGAUUUGCAGUUCCAAAUGCAUGGUCUCAUUCAGAUGCGUUUUAAAGAUCCGCGUCUGGCAUUUUCCAAGUAUGCACCCUCUAGAACUCAAUCAAUACUGGGAGAAUCUUCAUUGCGUGGUCUUAUUUGGGUGCCCCACAUUUUUCUGGCCAACGAACAUGACUCUAGUGUACUCGGCACUAACGAGAAAGAUAUACUCACUGCCAUUAGUCCUGAUGGUACUGUGAUAAUAUCAGCCCGUGUUCAGGCCACUCUAUAUUGUUGGAUGAAAUUGCAAAAGUUUCCUUUUGAUGAACAGCUUUGUCCCACGAUUCUCGAGAGCUGGAUGUAUAAUUCAUCAGAACUUCUUCUAAAAUGGGAACAAAAUGAUCCGGUGGCAUUUGAUCCCAAAAUGCAUUUAACUGAAUAUGCGCUACAGAAUGUUUGGAAAAACGAGUCAAUUAUCAAUGCCGAUUUAGAUGAUUUACGUCACGGAGCCUUUGCGGGCAACUACAGUUCACUAUCGUUUACUGUUCAUUUAACACGGGAAGUGGGAUACUAUAUCAUGGAUUAUUUCCUGCCUUCCAUAAUGAUCGUAGCCAUAUCAUGGGUAUCAUUUUGGUUGCAGGCUGACCAAACACCCGCACGCACUACUCUUGGCUGCACAACUCUACUCUCAUUUAUUACUCUGGCCUCAUCUCAAGAAAAAAAUUUGCCAAAAGUUAGUUACAUAAAAAUUUCGGAAGUUUGGUUUCUCGCCUGUACUUGCUUUAUAUUUGGCAGUCUUGUGGAAUUUGCCUUUGUCAAUACAAUUUGGCGUCGCAAACAUAGUGUUGAAGUAAAGAAAGUUAAAAGUAAAUAUAUUUUAAAAUCAACACUAACACCACGCAUGAAACGACAUAAAAUGAUGGACAAUGUUAACUGUGAUAAUCUAGCCACUACAAAACACGGAUGUGAACGAUAUCUGUCGGUGAUCGAGUCCCCAGUCAUUAUAACAGUGGAUGAUGAAACAACAAAUAAAUUUAAAUCUUCGGAGUCGAUCGCAACUACGCCUUCACUUAGUGUAGAUGAGUGUGAAAAUGAAAAGGAGAAAAAGUAUCCGACAAAUAAUUCCUGGUCGACAAUGACACCGCACGAAGUCUCUUUGUGGAUAGAUAGAAAAGCCCGCUUUGUAUUCCCGCUCGCAUUCAUUAUAUUUAAUGCAUUUUUCUGGACUUUUGUCUAUUGUUUGUAAAAAUAAAGUAAAAAUGUCUUUACAA